GUUCUUUAUAACAAACCUUAUUUCAUUGUCCCAAGAAAAAAAAAGAAAAAGAAGACAAAGAAGAUAGUCAAAUGAGAAUACAUUCUUCUAAUCAUCCAUGGCUUUUACUAGCCAUUCUCGUUGUUCUCCUCUGCUUCCCUGGAGCUCUCUCAAGCAAGGACGAGGAGAAGGCAACCUCGAAGAACACGAAGAAAGAAGUAACUUAUGAUGGAACGUCUUUGAUCAUCAAUGGAAAAAGAGAAUUGCUUUACUCUGGCUCCAUACAUUACCCUCGUAGCACUCCUGAUAUGUGGCCCAAGAUUAUUAAGAGAGCAAAACAAGGUGGUUUGAACACGAUUCAAACAUAUGUUUUUUGGAAUUUUCAUGAGCUUGAACAGGGGAAGUUCAAUUUUUCGGGUAGAGCCGAUUUGGUGAAGUUUAUAAAACUGAUUGAGAAGAAUGGUAUGUACGUAACCUUGAGGCUUGGACCAUUCAUUCAGGCUGAAUGGACUCAUGGGGGACUUCCUUACUGGCUUAGAGAAAUUCCCGGGAUCUUCUUCCGUACAGACAAUAAACCAUUCAAGGAACAUACAGAGAGGUAUGUUAGGGUGAUACUUGAUAUGAUGAAGGAGGAGAAGCUUUUUGCUCCACAAGGAGGACCCAUCAUAUUAGGACAGAUAGAGAAUGAGUAUAGUGCUGUUCAACGUGCAUAUAAAAACAAUGGAUCAAACUACAUUAAGUGGGCAUCUAAAUUGGUACAUUCUAUGAAUUUGGGGAUCCCAUGGGUUAUGUGUAAGCAAAAUGAUGCUCCUGAUCCUAUGAUCAACGCCUGUAAUGGAAGACAUUGUGGUGAUACAUUCCCUGGUCCCAACAGAGAGCACAAGCCAUCUUUAUGGACAGAGAAUUGGACUACUCAGUUCCGCGUUUAUGGCGAUCCUCCGGUGCAACGAUCUGUAGAAGAUAUAGCCUUUUCUGUAGCCCGGUUCUUUUCCAAGAAUGGAAGCCAUGUUAACUACUACAUGUAUCAUGGAGGUACUAACUUUGGAAGAACCUCUGCUCAUUAUGUAACCACUCGUUACUAUGAUGAUGCACCUCUUGAUGAAUACGGAUUGGAAAAGGAGCCUAAGUACGGUCAUCUAAAACAUCUUCACAACGCACUUAACUUGUGCAAGAAGGCACUUCUCUGGGGCCAAUCUCGAACUGAGAAGCCUGGCAAAGACACAGAGAUAAGAUACUACGAGCAGCCUGGAACUAAAGUUUGUGCAGCGUUUCUAGCUAACAAUAACACAGAAUCUGCAGAAAUAAUCAAAUUCAGGGGAAAGGAUUACGUUAUACCGCCUCGUUCCAUCAGUAUUCUCCCUGACUGCAAAACUGUUGUGUAUAGCACCGGAGAGAUUGUCUCUCAUCACACUGCAAGGAACUUUAUGAAGUCAAAGAAGGCAAAUAAGAAGUUUGAUUUCAAAGUGUUCACCGAGACCGUUCCACAGGAGCUUAAAGGUGAUUCUUAUGUCCCCGUUGAGCUCUAUGGCUUGGCCAAAGACGAGUCUGAUUACGGAUGGUACACAACAAACUUCAAGAUAGAUGAUAGUGACCUUAAGAAGAAGGGAGGCAAGCCUACUGUGAGGGUUGCUAGUCUUGGCCACGCGUUGCAUGCCUGGCUCAAUGGAGAAUACCUUGGAAACGGACAUGGUAGCCAUGAUGAGAAGAGUUUCGUCUUUCAGAAGCCGAUUGCACUAAAAGAAGGAGAUAACCACCUCACCAUGCUAGGGGUUUUAACAGGAUUUCCAGACAGUGGGUCUUAUCUGGAGCAUAGAUUCACAGGUCCACGUAGUGUUUCCAUCUCAGGGUUGAGCUCUGGACCAAUGGAUCUCACUGAGAAAAGCAAAUGGGGAAACAAGGUGGGUAUGGAAGGCGAAAAGCUCGAUAUUCACACCGAGAAAGGAUUGAAGAAGGUUAAGUGGGAGAAAUUCUCAGGAAAAGCACCAGGACUUACAUGGUACCAGACAUACUUUGAUGCGCCAGAAAGCCUAAGCCCUGCAGCAAUAAGGAUGAAUGGAAUGGGAAAGGGUUUGAUUUGGGUUAACGGAGAAGGUGUUGGUCGAUAUUGGAUGUCGUUUUUAUCUCCUUUAGGCCAGUCAACACAAAUCGAGUAUCAUAUCCCUAGGUCUUUCUUGAAGCCCAAGAAAAAUCUUCUGGUUAUAUUCGAGGAAGAACCAAAUGUGAAUCCAGAGCUUAUCGAUUUUGUCAUCGUCAAUAGAGACACCGUGUGUUCUUACAUUGGAGAAGACUACACUCCUAGUGUCCGACACUGGGCUAGGAAGAAUGACAAUGUCCAGGCCAUCACUGAUGAUGUGCAGCUCACGGCUAAUCUCAAAUGUUCCGGCACUAAGAAGAUCUCCGCGGUGGAAUUUGCUAGCUUUGGAAACCCUACUGGGAGUUGCGGAAACUUCACCCGUGGAUCUUGCCAUGCUCCUGUCACUAAACAAGUCGUCGAGAAGUAUUGUUUGGGUAAAGCAGAAUGUGUGAUUCCGGUUAACAAGAGCACCUUCCAGGAAGAUAAAAAGGAUUCAUGUCCCAAAGUUGUGAAGACGCUUGCUGUGCAAGUCAAGUGUGGCCGUCCAAAGAAGAACUAAGUAUAUAUCUUUACUUGCUUCGCUGAACUGUUUUGUAUUUCAUGUUGUGUAGAUACAAAAGCUAUGCAUUGUUUUGUUGUUCCAUUUUUGAAUUUAUUAAUUA